AUGGGUAAAAGUGAUCAAAGAAACCAAGUGCUAGAAAUGUUUGAUCAUGCGUAUAGCAAUUAUAUGGAACAUGCGUAUCCAGCUGAUGAACUCAUGCCUUUAACUUGUCGUGGACGAGUACGGGGUCAGGAACCAAGUCGAGGGGAUGUGGAUGAUGCCUUGGGAAAGUUUUCACUGACCUUGAUUGAUACCUUGGACACUCUUGUGGUGUUAAAUAAAACCAAAGAGUUUGAAGAGGCUGUAAAAAAAGUAAUAAAGGAUGUUAAUUUAGAUAACGACAUAGUUGUAUCUGUCUUUGAAACCAACAUAAGAGUCCUUGGAGGUCUCCUAGGUGGGCAUUCGGUGGCAAUUAUGCUGAAAGAAAAAGGUGAAUAUAUGCAGUGGUACAACGGUGAACUUCUGCACAUGGCAAAGGAACUAGGUUACAAGCUUUUACCUGCUUUUAACACCACUAGUGGUCUCCCUUAUCCAAGAGUUAACUUAAAAUUUGGUGUAAGACAUCCAGAAGCACGAACAGGAACAGAAACCGAUACCUGUACAGCUUGUGCAGGUACCUUGAUCCUUGAGUUUGCAGCUUUAAGCCGAUUCACAGGAACAUCUAUAUUUGAGGAAUAUGCACGGAAAGCGCUUGAUUUUAUUUGGGAAAAGAGACAGCGCAGCAGCAAUUUAGUGGGCGUUACUAUUAAUAUUCAUACUGGAGACUGGGUCCGCAAAGAUAGUGGAGUUGGAGCAGGAAUAGAUUCGUAUUACGAAUAUUUAUUAAAAGCCUAUGUCUUGCUGGGAGAUGACAGUUUCCUGGAAAGAUUUAACACG